UGGAGGCAAACCCACCGGAAGCAGGACGUUCUAUUUUUUGAUGGCUAAGCAAAAAGUAGUGUUAUUUUUCUAACCAUUUUCUCCUCUAAACUGAAGAAAAUGGAUUAUCGAUACUUGGCAACGUGUAGUAAACUCUUAUUUUAAAAGCCAUGGCGUUUUACUAUGUAAGAGUUUGGUUUCCGUCGUCCUCGUGGAUGUACUUUGUUUACCGACUGCUAGCCAUGCUAGCCAUAAACGAUGCAAGGUUCGGAUGAAAAUUGUUUUGGUGUUAAAAACGGACGCCGACUGCUAAUUACAGGAUGAUCGAGGUGGUGGCUUCCAUGGCUCGAGGUCCCGUCUUUCUGGCCGGGGAGCUCAUGGAAUGUCUCAUCACUUUCAGGAAUCCCAUGUCGCACCUUUCCACUUCUGCCAGCAGUGAGAUGUUGGCGUGGGCCAGUGCUCAGAUCCACUGUCAGUUUCAUGCCAGCGAGAGUAAAGUCAAUCUGCCUAACCGGGUCAACAAGCAAGAUGUCCAGGCGGACAGUGACACCGUUCUCAUUCCCAACAGAGGUGAACGAGGUCAAUGCGUCCUGGACACGCCGCCGAAGAUUCUGUUCUGCGAUCUGUGUCUAGAUCCUGGAGAGAGUAAAACCUAUUCGUACAGCGAGUACGUACCCGUCGACGGUCCUCCCAGUUUCCGCGGGCAGUCCGUCAAGUAUGUUUACAAACUGACCAUCGGCUGUCAGAGGGUCAACUCUCCCAUCAAACUUUUAAGAGUUCCCUUCAGAGUUUUGGUUCUGCAGGGUAUGCCAGAACCCUCGUUUCCUCAGGAUGAGGAAGUUUCCCCCUCUAACCCGUUCCUUGAGGAAGAGGAAGCCAGUCGGCGGGAUGCGCGGCCUUUGGAGAGGGCGCUCGACAUGCUAAUGAUCUCCACAUCCAGACGUUGCCCCCACAUGUUCAACAUCACCAAUGUGCGAGGAAAAGUGGCAAAGUUCUGCAUUUUCAAGACCCUCUACAGACUCGGAGAGGACAUCAUCGGCACGUUUAAUUUCUCUGAAGGCGACAUUCCCUGUUUGCAGUAUUCAGUGAGCCUCCAGAGCGAGGAGGAGAUCGCGCAGGAGUAUCAGCGGCGCCCCGGCCAGCCUCUCGCCGUGACCGGACACGGACGUCAUUUGGAAUCCUGCUUGCACACGGCGUCCAGUCACUUCUCACUCCCCGUUCCCCUCAACGUCACGCCGGGCUUCGGCACAGAUGUCGUAACACUGCGCUGGCGCCUGCACUUUGAAUUCGUCACUGCACGGGAGCCCGCCGAGCCCCCCGUGGUGUUUCAGAACGAGUCCAAGGCGACAGUGUGGUCCGGUGCCGAGCAUGUGGAAGUGGACACUUUUAGCUGGGACCUGCCCAUCAAGAUCUUGCCUACCAACCCGGCUUUGGCGUCCUACGAGUCCCAGUUCACUGGGACGAACCGGAUCAACAUUUAAACAGAAACAUUGCCCAAUUUUUAUAGAAAAAUUCUCAAUUGUACACCUGAAAUUAACAUCCUGAUUAAAAGUGUGAUUGAAAGUGGA